UUUUAGGUUUCACAUACUGGGUGAUUUUAGCAAUUAACAAUUUGUUUUUUGCUAUUUGUUAAACAAGUGAAUUCAAGUGUCAAAAUAAUUAUUGGUAAUUAUCAUAAUUUUUGAUAAUGCCAGUGGCAUAUGAAGCUAAAAGCAGCUGGGCUGAUGAUGGUGAUGAGGAAACCUUACCAUCACCAACAGAGGUUUAUGAAAAUGGUUUCAAAAUAUUAACUGAACAUAAAUUCAAUGAUGAUAAUAAAAAAAUCAAAGUUGUCCGUACAUAUAAAGUUGAAAAGCGAGUUGUAUCAAAAACAAUAGCUAUGCGUAAAAAUUGGCCAAAAUUUGGUGAUUCAGCCAAGGACAGACCAGGACCAAAUCCAGCAACAACAAUUAUUGCUGAAGAUGUUUACAUGCAAUUUAUAUCAAGCAAAGAAGAAGACAAUAAAAUUGAAGAUGAAGGUGGCUUAGAUAAAUUGAAAAAUAUUGAUAAAGCAAUUGUUAAAUGUCGUAAUUGUAAUGGUGAUCAUUGGACCUCAAAAUGUCCAUACAAAGAUACAGUACUUGCUGGUGGUAAAGUGCCAGAUGAUAAAAAACCACCAAGUGGACCUGGUGGUGUAUCAGCAACAACAACAACUGAUAGUGAUGGUAAAGUACAAGGUGGUAAAUAUGUACCACCAAGUUUACGUGAUGGUGGUAGUAAACGUGGUGAUUCAAUGUCAAUGCAACGACGUGAUGAUACAACAGCCAUUCGUAUAUCAAAUCUAUCAGAAAGCACCAUUGAAACUGACUUGGAAGAACUUGUUAAACCAUUUGGCCAUAUCCAAAAACUUUACCUUGCCAAGGAUCGUUCAACCGACAGAUGCAAAGGUUUUGCAUAUGUACAUUUCAAAUCACGUUCUGAUGCCAGCCGAGCAAUUGCUCAUCUUAAUGGCUAUGGAUAUGAUCAUUUAAUUUUAAGUGUUGACUGGUCAAAGCCUCCGACACAACAAAGCUAAAUAUGUAAUUUCCUUUUUUUUUUUUUUUUUUUAUUCAACUGAUUAAAAAAACUGGCAACAAUAUAACAUGUACCAGUUUCAAAAAAAGAAAAAAAAUUUCUACUUAUAUUACUUGAUUGUUAUGAAAUAAUUAUGUACUAUAAUGCAUUUUUAAUAACUUAAUAAAUUAAUUGAUAAAUAAAUAAUAAACACUU